AUGGAAGUUUUCACUCGUCAGACUCGAUUAUACUUACCAUUUACAGUUACAUCGAAGGAAAAACCAGUAAUGUUUUACGCACUUACGGAAAGAACGUUUACGCUUCAGACGCUUUCGACAGUAGUUUAUGAGAAGACGAUCGUCAACACUGGUGGACAUUACAACACAUUUGAUGGAGUAUUUGUAGCUCCAAGGUCAGGGACAUAUUUAUUUUCUUGGACUAGCUGCACUAACGCUGCUAACUAUGCCUUCACUGAGUUAAUGGUAGAAAAUCAGGAAAUAGCAACGGCAGGAGUAUAUGAACAUGCUGGCAAUCAUCACUGUGGGUCAAUGUCAUCAUUGUGUAAAAUGAACAAGGAAGACCAUGCAUGGAUAAGGACCACACCCUACGGAGCAACCAAUUAUUUUUAUUCUCAUCGGAACACCCCGCACUCCUCUUUUCUUGGUAUGCUAUUGAGCAGUGAUUGA